UCUUUCUGCCACGAACAUUUUUCCCGCAAAACUUAAUGCUACAGCAGCUAUACUGUGGCUGUUUUUGAGUUUUUAGUGCCACUAUAAUGCCGAAGCGUGGAUACCCUUUUCCUGAAACCUUCUCGUCCCAAUACAAAAUACAUAUUAGGCAGCAUGAGCUGAGUAAUUCCAGCGUGUUGGGGAACAAGUACAGAAAAGAAAUAUACGAGAAGACCAAGAACUUACUUUUUAAUGGCGCCAAGGCUGUGGUGGGCACUGUAUGGCCCGGUGGAGAGAAGAUCGGCGACGCCUGUUCAUCUGGAGAAGGCACUGCUGAAAGCAGCCAGACUCUCUUAAGAGGGCAGACUUUGAUAGGAUUUGACGGAAGACUGACUAAAGCACCCAGAACGCAAGGGUCACCUCCAACUGGCUGCUGCGUUUGUCAGAAGAGCACAUCAUGUCGGACAUCUUGUUCGCAGUGCGAGCGACUCACCUGUUCCUCCUGCAGCCGACAGUGUUCAAACUGCUCAAGCCUCUGCUGUUCUGUCUGCACCGUCAUAGACUACAGUGGACGUUAUGAUGAAGUUGUCUGUUGCAGUUGUUCCCCGUAAUGGAAAUCCAACUCGUGUGAUGAAUUUAUGCUUGAAUACACAGUAUCCUCACUAAAUGAAAUACUUACUGUAUUUUUUUUAACCAUAAUCGUCAUUUUUUUCUUAAGAACUAUGUAUGUAUAGAGAUAUAUUUAAAUAAACUUGAACGUUUUCAUACGAUA